AUGAAGAGUGAACUAUAUUUAUCUGUGAAUGAGACAAGUGGAUCAAGUAAUGGUGUAGGUUCUGUUGGUUAUACCAAUGGAAAACCUUCUUCGUCUUCAUCGUCGUCAGAAGUAUCAUAUACACCAUUGGUUAAUGCAGGUCACCUGUCUUCAUCAGCCGUGGCUAGUAACAAGAAAGACUUGCCAACGCCGCCAACGACAGGGGGUCCCUCAUCACAGUUGAUAACGACCAAUAGAAAGACGUUGCACUCCAACCUGCGUAUAAUGGGACUGCUCGGCAUUGCCAAUCUUGCCUUCUCAUUCUACCUGGCCUUUGGCAACAUUGAGAGUGGCACGUGCGACAUCUCGUCCACCGUCUCAUGCACAGCGGUCAUCAAGAGUUCAUUCGGUCAGAUCAUGAAUGUUCCCGUCUCUAUAUUUGGCAUAACCUGGAACAUCAUCUUCCUGAUGGGUGUGUGCAAGGUGAUGAUGGACGACCGAGUGCCACAAUUCCUCACAGCCCUCUACAUCUGGUGUUCUCUUGGCAUAGGCUUUGUCUUAUACUUUGUUGCAGCAGAGUUCAUAAUCGGCGCAUUGUGCCCAUUCUGUACGAUCGUUCACAUCAUCAACAUCACAUUGAUGUACUUUGCCUUCAAACUUUACACAGAUCUGCGUAGUCCUCCCAGCCUAUUCAACCUGAUAUCCACACUCAAGAGCUACUUGCUGUUCGUCUUUGUAGUGCACAUGAUCGUGCUGAUCGCCUACCAAGCAGGCGCAGAGGAGCAGCAUGACGAGUGGACCAUGAGCAAGUUCUCACAAUGUCUCACGGAGCACAAUAUGGUGUUCUAUGGCUCCAGUCGAUGUGGCGCCUGUGUCAACCAGAAGCAGAUGUUCAUGACCAAGGAUAAGGGCGAGGCGGACUCGCCGUGGAAAUACGUCACCUUUGUCGAGUGUAAGGAUAAGCAUGAUCUGUGUACGAUGAAUGAUAUCCAGCGUUAUCCAACUUGGAUCAAGCAUGAGUCUGACGGAGGCAAAGAACUGGAACGACACGAAGGUGUCAUGAACAUGUUUGAGCUCUCCAAGAUGUCUGGCUGCCAGUACAAAAAGGAGGAGAUUCAGGAGUAG